GUAACCAAGAAGGCGUGUUUCCGGAAGACGUGGCUAGUGCAACAGUGGCAGCUGUUGUAAUAGCACUUGAACGUGUAUUUUAGUAAAAUACAAUUAACAGUGUCAACCUUUAUAUUUUACAAGCUGUAGAUUCAUUGUCAAAAUGAUCUCUCUAACGGACUCACAGAAGAUCGGAAUGGGACUAACAGGCUUCGGUGUGUUUUUCCUCUUCUUUGGAAUGAUCCUGUUUUUUGACAAAGCCCUCCUUGCAAUAGGAAAUAUCCUGUUUGUGGCUGGCCUGUCGUUUGUUAUCGGUCUGGAGAGGACCUUCCGCUUCUUCUUCCAGAAACACAAGAUGAAGGCCACCAGCUUCUUCCUGGGUGGAGUGUUGAUCGUUCUUAUUGGCUGGCCCAUUGUGGGCGUGGUCCUGGAGGUCUAUGGUUUUUUCCUUUUAUUCAGGGGUUUCUUCCCAGUGGCAGUAGGCUUCAUCAGAAGGAUACCCAUCCUGGGCUCCCUGCUAAACCUCCCAUUCAUCAGUGGGUUCGUGGACAAAGUGGGAGAGAGCAACACCAUGGUCCGUACCAGUCCUGGUUGCUACGGGCGACUGUUACUAAUGAAUCUGGAGUUGGUUACGAUGGCUACCCCAGAAUGUUUUACAUGUCAUUGUUGAAUGCUGCUCUCCUCUGCUGGAGAACUCCCCAUGAGAAGCAGAGUUCCUCUAACGGACUGAAGAGAGCCAGCGUCCAUUUUCGCUCUCUUACUCUGCUAUUGAAUGUAGACAAACUCACCAUGUCAUCGCCUCUGAAGACAGCCUCUGGACAUACUCAGAAGAGGUGUGGAGGAGGAGCACUGGUCCUAUUGUUACAUUAUAGAUGGGGCCAGAUCUUAGACCAUGUUAGGGUUUCUUGACCAUAUGAUCAGACCGGGGAAAACUCGAAGCCAUAGUUAUAGGUGGUUUCCUGGUCAGGUAUUGGAAAGACUCCUGGUCCUACUUAUGGUGCCUGUGCUUUCUCACACAGGACUAAAACUUGAGAAAAUAGCUUUACUUUCCUUUUCUCUCACGCCUGUUAUGAGUACCAGAUCUGGCAGUUGCAUAUUGUCCCCUUAUUUUUCUGUCAUUUCUGUGUAUGACUGGAUGAGAGAACUUCUGUAGAUUCUUUUUUUUUUUUUUAAGCGGAGUGUACUGAAUGGAAUGGUUACAUGUGAAAUGACAAUACUUUGACAAUGUUUUGUCUGACACUUUUGUAAUUACACUUUUUUUUUUUUAAACUUG